GCCCCUUACAUUGGUGGUCAGUGGGAAGAAUGUCCCUUACAUUGGUGGUCAGUGGGAAGAAUAUCCCUUACAUUGGUGGUCAGUAGGAAGAAUGCUCCUUACAUUGGUGAUCAGUGGGAAGAAUAUCCCUUACAUUGGUGGUCAGUGGGAAGAAUGUUCCUUACAUUGGUGGUCAGUGGGAAGAAUGCUCCUUACAUUGUUGGUCCGUGGGAAGAAUGCUCCUUACAUUGGGGGUCAGUGAGAAGAAUGACUCUUACAUUGGUGGUCAGGGGGAAGAAUGCGCCUUACAUUGGUGGUCAGUGGGAAGAAUGCUCCUCACAUUGGUGGUCAGUGAGAACAAUGACCCUUACAUUGGUGGUCAAUGGGAAGAAUGUUCCUUUACAUUGGUGGUCAUUGUGGGAAGAAUGCUCCUUACAUUGGUGAUCAGUGGGAAGAAUGCCCCUUAUAUUGGUGGUCAUUGGGAAGAAUGCCCCUUACAUUGG